AUGUCUUUCCGGAACUUAUUCAGCAAGCAGAAUCUCAAGUAUCUCCUCACGUCGCACUUCUGGGGCCCCGUGUCCAACUUCGGGAUCCCCGUGGCCGCGGUGUUGGACUUGAAGAAAGACCCGGAAAUCAUCAGCGGGCCCAUGACCGGCUCGCUCAUCUUGUACUCGUUGGUGUUCAUGCGCUACUCCUUGGCCAUCGCGCCCAAGAACUACUUGUUGUUUGGCUGCCACUUUGUCAACGAGUGCGCGCAGUUGGCGCAGGGCUUCCGGUGGACCAGGCACCACUUUCUGGACAAACAGCUCCCGCCCAAGGAGGCCUAG